UCUGGCUAGAACCCUAAAUUUUCUUUGUCAAUGGAGGGGGAUGAAGCGGCAGUGCUGCGCGCGCUGGAGAAGAUCGAGAGGGACUGGGAGGGAAUGCGCAGGGAUGCCAAGAGCAAGAUCGAUGCCGUCGCCGCUUGUAGAUCCGUUGGUGACGCUAGGUCUCUCCCGCGUCUCAAUGCGCUCGCGCAGGAUUCCCUGGCGGCAAUUCGAUCGCUAAUGGGAAACAUGGAGGUUCUCAUUCCACAGCACCCAAGUGAAGAGGCUAGCGAGGGUUACGAGCUCUUGCUAUCAAAUUUUAAGGACGAGUAUGAAGCAUUGAGAUUGAGUCUCCGGAGUGCUAAUCUACGAGCCAAGUCCAACAUAGGAAAAUCUGCAAACGAAGAGAGAGAGAUGUUACUCUCUGGUGGUAAAGAGGGGACGCUAAGACGACGAAAUCUUGAGACUCAAGCAGGAAUGGCUGCCGCUGCCGAAAACGUCACGGAAACAUUGAGACGAACGAGACAAUUGAUGGUUCAGGAAAUCGAUCGGGGAUCGACGACUUUGUCAGCUCUUGAUCACUCGAGCACCAUGCUUUACAAAACCGAGUCUGAGUAUUCAGGCCAAACAUCACUGUUCCAGACGACAAGACGUCUUCUCUCCGUUCUGACUCGCCAUGACGUUCUAGACAGGCUCAUACUAAUCGUUGGAGCUCUGUUCUUCAUCAUGGUCUGUGCAUAUAUCUUGAAGAGGAGAUUUAUCCCCCAGAGAGUCAAGAAGUUCGCUCCUCCCUCUCAUCCUAUUGUGUACCAAGACGAGCUCUAAAUCAUCUAAGCUUGGACGGUGGCGAUUGCGUCGCGGCAAAUGUAAUUUAUUUGAAAUUUGAAAUGCCCUAGUUUGAACGGUGGCGAUCGAG